AAAUAUUUUUAUAUAAUAAAGUUUAAAGUUCAAUUAAUUAAAACUUGUUUCAUUAAAAAGCCCAUACAUUCAAUAACAUAUGUAGAAAUUUUCAAGUUGUUAUCACUUAAGACAAAAGAGAUACACAUUUUUGAGACAGUGAACCCGUUUCGGUCCCACUGUGCGCCGUCCAGGUACGGGCAGACCUAGGGCUACAUCAGCAGCAGAUGAUCGUUAUAUCCACCUUACUGUUCUGCGAAAUCGCCGCCUCAACGCAGUUCAAGUCCAACAAAGUCUGCGUGACCAACGCCAAGUGUUCGUAAGUUCUGAUACCGUCAGAAGGAGACUUGCUGAACGGAACCUGACACCAAAAAGAGCGGCAACAGGCCCACUUUUAACGGUAGCACACCGUCGAGCAAGACUUGAAUUUGCUCGAGAGCAUAGGGAUUGGACGUUAGAGGAGAGGAGUAAUGUACUCUUCACUGAUGAAACCAGGGUGAGUCUACAUGGUAGCGAUCGACGUCAAAGAGUAUAUCGUCGCCCUGGAGAACGUUAUUCUCAGUGUUGCAUCGAGGAAACUGUUGCUUUUGGAGGAGGAUCUGUAAUGGUCUGGGGCGGCAUCUCGUUAACAGCACAUACAGCGUUAGUUUUCAUCGAACCGACGGGCCGUACACGUGGACUGACUUCUCAUCGCUACAUUACUGAAAUCCUCGAACACCAUGUGGUCCCCUACGCAGGAUAUAUCGGACAGGAUAUGCAAUUGAUGCAUGAUAAUGCACGGCCUCAUGUUGCGCAUGUAGUGACCCAGUAUCUACGCGACGUCAGCAUUCGUACGAUGGACUGGCCAGCUCGAAGCCCGGACUUGAAUCCGAUAGAACACUUAUGGGAUGAGCUGAAACGUCGAGUUCGAGCCCGGGUACCUGCUCCAACAAGGCUUCCGGAGCUGCGAAUCGCUAUUGAAGAGGAGUGGAAUACAAUUCCUCAAGAUUUUAUCGUCAGGCUCGUAAGGUCGAUGAAUACAAGGAUGCUGGCAGUUAUCCGAGCAAGGGGAGGGAAUACGGAAUAUUGAUCAAUAACUUUUUUUUAUUCAACUUUUGUUUUUGGCUUUAAUUUUGUUUUACACUUUAUCAUUACUAACGAUUGUCACGACUGGAAAACGACUCUUCUUUGUAAAAUCCUUAAUAAACUCUGAAAUAUUGAUUGAACCAUAAUGAGUUUCCUUUCAUUUUAAUCACCAUGAAAUGCACUUUCGUUGGUACAACUUUGAUAAUUGUAGGUUUUUUAGUUUUUGAGAAAAUCGAAUUAGAGUGCCUAGGUAGCGGGUGGCUCGGUUUAUUUGCUGUCCAGUGUAUAUUGCCCACAUACACAUUACCUACGCGCAAAACUAUAUCUUCCAGCUUAAUACCUAAACUUUAUCAAACGACCAAAGAUAAAGUUCUACUACAGUUAAAAACAGAAGCUGAUGCGAUAUGCUUAACCACUGAUGGCUGGACAUCUACAAGUAACACGAGUUUUGUUGCGCUGACAGCUCACUAUAUUGACCAGAAUUCGUUGCUUAAGUCGGUUUUAUUAGGUUGCAUUGAAUUUGACGAACGGCACACGGCAGAAAACUUAUUUAAUUUUUUGAUAAAUGAAGUUGAAGCAUGGGGCAUAUCAAAUAAAAUUACAGGAAUAAUAACAGAUAAUGCGGCAAAUAUUGUGGCAGCCGUUCACUUAACAAGUUGGCGCCAUUUCCCUUGUUUCGCUCACACAGUAAACCUCGUAGUUCAACAUAGCUUAAAUAAUAUUAAAAGACAAUUAGAUCGAGUUAAAGCAAUUGUACAAUAUUUCAAACAUAGCUCAUCAGCUGAGAGCAAACUGACGGCUAUGCAAAACCAAAUGGAAUUACCUCCCCUGAAACUGAAACAGAGCGUUGUAACUAGGUGGAAUUCCACGUAUGACAUGCUUCAAAGAUUGCUUAAAAUUAAAGAUGCUGUCAUAAGUACGCUAGCUAUCGAACAACCCCGUCUUAAUACCUUGACGAUGGAUGAUUGGCUGCUCAUAGAAAAUUGCGUUAAAGUUUUAAAAAUAUUUUAUGAUGUGACGGAAGAAAUGAGCGCUGAAAAGUCGGUCUCUAUGUCGAAAGUGUUGGUGCUGGUAAAAAUUAUGAAAACACAUGUCGAAAAUUGCAUUGCCGAGAAUGCUCCUUCUGCACAACCUGACGAAUAUGAUCAAUUACUUCGAACUCUUAAUAAACAGCUUAACGAACGCUUUUUUGAUGUAGAGGGUAACGUUUUGGCUGCAGAAGCAUCAUUUCUCGACCCCCGCUUUAAAAAGCAUGCAUUUACUAACAAAGUAAAAUAUGAUAACUGCAUGAAAUCUAUCAAAGGAAGACUUCGUGGGUUGUGUGCGCGAGAAGAUGCGACACUUUUACAAGUUCAAGAUAACCUGCCGCCGCAACCUUCUACUUCUGGCAAUAUCUGGGCGUCAUUUGAUAAAGAAGUGGAAAAUGAGAUAAUUAAAAACCCUACAGCUGCAAGCAUAGUGGAACUAGACAAAUAUAUAAACGAACCACUUAUAAAAAGAACGGAUGAUCCGCUAAAGUGGUGGAAUGAGCGUCGUCUCCUUUAUCCACAUUUAUACACUUUAAUGAAGCGUCGAUUAUGUUUGCAGGCAACAUCAGUACCAUGUGAGAGGAUAUUUUCAAAGGCCGGAAUGACAAUUACUAAUAAAAGAAGCUCGUUAAAGCCGAAAAAAGCCUCUCAAAUUUUAUUUUUGAACCACAAUUUGGAGUGAAUGCUCAA